AAGAAACAAAUCAACAGGUAUAUUGCAACAAAAUAAUACGAGUCCACCUUGUGGUCAAUGUAUGGAAUGACACAUAGUCCACAGAGCAAGAAAACACUGCCUGCAGGUACAUAUAUAUAUAUUAGGGCUGUCAAAAUUAACGCGUUAACGCAGGGUGAUUAAUUUGUGGAAUUAACGCAUUAAUUUAUUUAACGCAUUAACGCAUGCGCAAAAUGACCCGCCCAAUAUUUCCCGCUCCAGCACUUGCCGCCGCUAUUUGCCGCCGCUAUUUGCCGCUCUAGAGUUUUGACUGAGACACAAGAUGGAUACUGAACCGAAAGAAGUUGUUGGCCCUUUGGAUGGAAAGUUUGAAUUAAAAAAAAAAAAGAUGGAACACUUAACAAACAUGCAGUGAUUUGCACACUCUGCAAGAAGGAGUUUUCGUUUCACCGAAGCACUUCCAGCCUAAAGUAGCCUACCAUAUCAACGCUAAGCAUGCGUUUGUCGGCUCUUCAAGUUCUGGGGCAAGACCAGGGGGCUUAGUUCAGACAACGCUCACCGAAGGCCGUGCAUUAAGUAAGUCUAUUUCUGAGAACUUGACCCAAAAAAUUGCCAAAUGGAUUGCUGCCGAUUAAUAUUGUCGAGGACAAGGGCCUCGCGGAAGUGUUACAAGUUGCUUCACGCGACGCAUUCUACAAGCCACCGUGAAGAGGCACAGUAAUGACUAAAAUCCACGACCUCUACAAAACGGAAAAGAAAAAGAAAGAAGAGGAUUUGGCUGUAGCUGACUAUGUCGCCCUGACAGGAGACCACUGGACCUCUGUGAGUAACAACAAUUACCUGGGUGUAACUGCACAUCAUAUCACUAAAAAAUGGGAACUGAAGUCGUUUGCGCUAACUACAAUGAAAACAGAAGAGCGUCACUUUGCAGAAGCAUGUGCAGAGCAGUUCCUAACAGUAGCGCGCAAGUGGGAAAUAGAAGUAAAAGUCACAACUACAGGGACCGACUGCGCACGCAAUAUGAUCGCUGCGGCUAGACUUUUGACAUUUGAGCACAUGCCUUGCAUAGCUCACAUCCUACAGAGAAGCAUCACGGUGAGCCUCUCUGACAGCGGAUUUGUGCAUGCAUUGUCCAAGUCUCGCAAAAUUGUGGGCCACUUCAAAAACAGUCCGGCAAACACCGCGGAGCUUCAAGCACAACAAGCUGCCCUUGGACAGAAGCAGGAGCCGCUGGUCCAGGACGUUCCAACACGUUGGAAUUCGACGGUGGAUAUGGUCAAGCGUCUGAACCGCAAUCAAGCAGCAAUAAAAGCAACCCUGGACCAACAGCAGCACAAACUCAUUAUGCUGACACCACCAGAAUGGGACAAGGUGCAAAGACUUGAGACUCUUCUAGAGCCCUGUCGGUAUGUAACUGAGAUCCUGGGUGGGGAGGCCUAUGUAUCCUGCUCUGUUGUACUGCCUGCCCUCUGCCACUUGCGUCGUGUAAUGGAGGUCUCUGAUGAGGACCCUGCAAAUGUGGUGCGAUUUAAGACGGCAUUCAAAGAAGACCUAGCCUCCCGCCAAGAAAAGACCAACAACACAUGGCUCAAGCUUGCAACGGCCCUGGAUCCACGCUUUAAAGACUUGAAGACCCUGCCCAAGAGUGAAAGAGAAGAGGUGUGGACCACACUGGGAGGCAUGCUGCAUGAACAAUCACCAAGAAGGUCUCCACAGACUUCUGAAGAUGGGCCACCCAAGAAGAAAAUGAGCCUGCUCCUACAAAUGUGCUCAGAUUCAGAUUCUGAUGAGGAGGUGCAGCCUGGCAGAGACAUACACAGGUACAGGGCAGAGUCCUGCAUUAGUAUGGAGGACUGUCCAUUGCAGUGGUGGUCUGCUCAUUCAGGAGCCCAUGACAAGCUGGCCCUGCUGGCUCGCAAAUAUCUAGCGACUCCUGCAUCCACAGUUCCAUGUGAAAGACUCUUCUCAGUGGCAGGCCACAUCGUGCAAAAGAAACGGUCAGCCUUACUUUCAGAAAAUGUCAGCCAGUUAGUUUGCCUCAGCAACUGGCUAAAAGAAGAAUAGCCAAGAGACACAUUUUAUUGUACGAAGGUGUGGUAGUUUGUUAAUUUAAAAAAGGGAAAAUGUUCAACCAAUGUUUAACCAUUCUAAACUUAGCAAUGGCUAAGAUGCCCAUAACGUUUGGGAUGACUGUUAUCUUUAAGUUUGAUUAAAAAAAUAAAAAUAAAAAUGUUAUAUGCUCAUAGGCAUUGCAAAGAGACUGGCACAAAACAAAAAUUGAAAUAUGGUGUGGUAUGUUUAAGUUCGAUUUUAUUUUUCAUUAUUAAUAACACCAUCAUCUGGAUUCUUUCAUGAAUAAAAGAACAUGCUAAAUGCCUAUA